ACCAUGCCAGCCACCUGCUCUGAUAUUAUCAAGAUCAUCCUUGCGAUCAUCCUCCCGCCUCUUGGUGUUUUCCUCGAGCGCGGCUGCGGUGCCGACCUCCUCAUCAACAUCCUCCUGACGUGUCUGGGCUACAUUCCCGGAAUUAUUCACGCCCUAUACAUCAUUCUGAAGUGA